AUGGUCAGCAUGCUGUGCACUGUGCCGCACGUGCUGCUCAGCUGCCUCAUCCCCCCUGCCAACCUGCUGGUGAUCGUGGCUGUCUGCCAGCUGCUGAGGAAGCAUCCAGGCUCUGGCUACAUCUAUGUGCUCAACCUGGCCACCGCCGACCUGCUGGUGGGUGUAAUGUGCAUCACUGAGGCCCUGGAUGAUGUUCUGGAUGGGGACUUUGACCGCAGCAAGUCCUUCUGCCUCCUGCGCAUCUCCCUGAGCAUGACGCCGUGCAUCGGCUCCAUCCUGACGCUGCUGCUCAUCUCCCUGGACAGGUACCUGGCAGUGAGGCUGCCACUCUCCUACCACAUGCUUCCGAAGAAAGCACCUGUGGCCCUCUCCCUCAUGUUCCUCUGGAUGCUCGCCUUCCUCCUUGGGCACUCGCCUCUCAUUUUUCCCUCCCUUCAGCAAAGCAACUACACGGGCUACUGUAGGCUGCUCUCUGUGACCAGGAGUGAGUACCUCUACACCCUCUGCUUCAGUGUCUUUGCUCCAUCCCUGCUAGUGCUGCUGUGCCUACACGUCUCAGUGUGCAGCAUUGCCUAUGCACAGCACACACGGUCGCCUCACUCCUGCGCCCAGCCCAGGCCCCUCCGCGCCCGCCUGCGCCACUUCAAGGCGCUGCGCACUGUGCUCUUUGUCCUCGUCGGCUUCGGGCUCUCUUGGGGCCCAUACCUGGUUGGGGCCACCGUGCAAGCUGCCUGCCGCUCCUGUGACCUGCCUGACACACUCAAGGACGUGCUGUUCAUCCUGGGUGAGACCAACUCCCUCCUCAACCCUCUCAUCUAUGCCCUGCACAGCAGAGACAUCCGCAGCCACCUCGCUAAACUGCUCGGCUGCAGGCGGAGAGGCCGAGUGCAGCCCGUGGCCUCCAGCAUCCACACCAUGAGUGGUGGGAGCUGGCCCAGGUCAUCUUGGCUGUGA